AUGAAUGGACUAAUUAAAUUUUCACAAAAAAAUAAUAUUAAACAUUUAAGUGGACCACGUGAAAUAAUAAAAGCAAUAUUACAACCAAAUGCAUUAAAACCAUUUUGUGUAUUAUUUUUUUAUUUUUUAAUUUAUCAAUGGUCUGGUACAAAUGCAUUGACAUUUUAUGCUGUACAAAUAUUUAAUAAAUCAGGUGUUACAAUAAAUAGUUAUUUGAUAACUGUUGUACUUGGUGUUGUUAGACUUCUAUCAACAAUAAUGGCAUGUGUACUUUGUCGUAAAUGUGGAAGAAGACCAUUGACAAUGAUAUCAUCAAUUGGAUGUGGUAUAUCGAUGAUUGGAUUUAGUGGAUAUUUGUGGUAUUAUCAAUAUUGGAAAUUAAAUAAUAUUGAGCCAUCAUUUACUUGGAUGCCAGUGUUAUUUAUAUUUUCUUAUACUAUUGCUUGUACAAUUGGAUUUUUAGUUAUACCUUGGGUCAUGAUUGGUGAAGUUUAUCCAGUUCAAGUUAGAGGAAUCAAUGUUUGGAUUGGACCACAUCAGAGUGAUGGUAUAUGGGUAAUUGGACAAGCACCAAUGAACUUUGGUGGUGAUUGGAUGAAUAAUAAUAAAAAAAAUAAUAAUGGUAGUUCUAAUAGAAAAUGUCGAUCAAGAAAAAGAAAUCGUAAUAGAAAUCAACAACAACAAAAACAACCACGACAACAAAAGAAUUUGGGACCUGUUAAUCGUGAUAAUAAAUCACCAGUUUAA